AUGGCGCCCAAGAUCCAGACCGAAAGCGUGCUUAGCGAGACUAUGCGCCUCAAUAUUGGUGGAUCUACCUUCGAAGAUGAAGUCCUCCAACUCUCUGAUGUAUCUCAUGAUGAAGUUAUGCGUGCUCAGAGGACUUUGGAAGAUGUUUUCAUGGAGUGCCUGCCGACGAGCAUACUAGAGAGCCCACAUGACGACCCAAUUUGCUACCUCGCUUCUGGAGCAGUCCGCACGCCGGUGACCCGGGCGCUUCCUCCGCGAUUUGCCUCGACCUCGACCUCUACCUCGACGACCCGCCUCCCGCUGCGCGGCAUCCGUGAGUCGACCUUCGCCUUCCACGUCUCCGCCGCCUCUGUUCCCCGCCCGCCCGCCAUGGAUUAUACAACCAGGGUCAUUGCUUUCCAUGGACUGUUUCACACUAUUAAUGUGAUUGUCUUCACGGGUAAUUCAUUAAUUCUAUUGGGCGAGCUCAACUUAAAUUUAAGGCAAGGUGUUUGUACUAUAUCAGAGAAGAAACUUAUUGAGCGUGUCUCUGAUUAUUAUAUGACUAAGGCCACUCACAAGGUGUCGAAAAUUAGGAAAACUACAAAUAAGUCCGUCAAACGCUUGGCACAACCCAUUCAAUGUAAAAUGAUGCUCACAAGUGUUGAGCAUAUGGAGAACAGCGGAGAACUCAAAUUAUUUGAGCAAUUGGGUAUUAAAGUUUAUCAUGCCAAUGUUGUUGAUCCCAAGCUAAUGAUGUUCACUGCAGUGUUUCUAAACAAUUGCAUUGCAGGGGAAUUGAUUGAUGACUUCCUUAGCAAGAAACACACUCAGUUAACAGCAUACGGUAUUCAGUCUAUAAAACAACAGAUGAUAGAUAAGAAUGAAACCAUAUGUGCUUUGUUCUGGAAGAAUCACUUUCACGUGAUGUUGCAGCUACAUGGAACUUUACUUCUGUUACAAAAUACUUCAGACCAGGUUGAAAAGCCUAUUGCAUGGCAGCAUAUCAAUGAUGUUUUGGACAGCUCAUGGACACAAGGGAAUGACUAUGUUGCAAAAUCUGUGUAUUUUAGAGGUUGCUGGACAUUCAUUAUUUAUCCUAAUAUGAAUGGCUCAUCCGCACUGGUAGCACUAUGCAAUGCCAUCCUUCUAAGAGGUGAUGUGGACCUGAGUAAAAUACUUGAUUGUAACUUGAGUCUAAAUCUUGCCCAACUUCAUCAAGUUGUUUUCGGGGCCAAAAAGACUGUGUCCUAUACCAUGACGCCAGAACAAUGGCUUGUAGCAGUAGGAUGCCUUCAUCAACAUGUCGAUGUUAAAAUCAACUUCAAAAACAUCUACAACAUAAAAAUCACGAAAGACCUUCAGAUUUUUGAGGGCCUUGGCUUUCGUUUAUGUCAUGGUUUCAUCGCUGACCCGGAGGAUCUCAAUCUUUGCAAUGCAAUUGGAGAAAAGUAUUAUGAUUGUACAACUGAGAGCCCAACUUCUCAUUUGAAGGCUGACGAUCAUGGAAAGUUACUUGAUAAGUUCCUAAAAGAUCAUGAUACUGAACUAACACCAUAUGGGUACAACAUAUCUACACUAUUUUGCUUUCAUACAGCUAUCAAGUGCAAUAACCGCAUCUUUGUUUUGAAUCCAAGUUUGAGGUCAUUUGAUGAACAGAAAAUAUGGAGAAGUUUAGACACUGUGGAUGGUGCUGGAGCAACUUUGGCCAGUCUUCCUGACCCUAUCUCUGGAAAAUCAGGCGAAUUUAUAUGCAUCAAUUCAGAUUGUUUAUUGGCAUUUACGUCAUCAUUUAAUCUUCAACGGCAUAAUUAUGUUAAUCAUACAAGUUCUGGCAGCACAAAAUUGGACAUUUUGCAACACAGAAGUGAAUAUAGUAAUUGUUGGGAUAGUCUCUCAUCUAAAGAGUCUGCCGAGAUAUUGUCUCUAGAGGAUAUGCAAUUUAAGAAUCUUGAGGGAAAACUCAUUGUGCGAAUACUAGAACAGCGAUCUUCUCAAAAGGACGGAGUUGCUAUGAUGUUGUUGGACAUUAGGCGUCGUUCCAUGGAAGGAGAAAAGAUAACGUCAGAAGUUCUGUUUGCUGUUCUCGAUGGCGCCAGCGAGAAAACUUUGUUACGCUCUGAUAUUCGUAAUUGCAAAGAGGGAGGAAUAUGGGACGUCAGUCCGAGUGACAUCAUAACUGACAUGAACUCAUUGCUUGCAUGUCACAGCUACUUGCUUGAGAAGGCAUUGAUGAACAAAUGGUUACAAUACAAGGCUGCACUAGCAUAUAAAGUUGGGGAAGAUCUUAUUGCCACGAAGAAAAGUAGGGGAAAGAAGGUCAACGACCAAAACAGUCAGGGAGAGCUGGAUAUUUCUGCUCAUUCUACCGAAGAUCAUAGUUCUAAUUCUACUGACCAACAUGAUAGCCCACCUUUAGAAGGCACCAAAGGUCAUAGUUCUAAUUCUACUGGCCAACAUGAUGAUCCACCUUUAGAAGGCACUGGAGACGGUACAAAAGAUGACAUUAGCCAAUCCUUAAAACAUACUGAAGACGACAGCAUUGGCAAUCUGUAUGAUUUGAUUCUUGAAUUCCUUAGGAGCUUUAGGAACAACGACCCCAAAAAGUUCUACAGAGGCGAAAUUGAAACGAUUAAGUAUAUGGGCAAUUUGGAUAUACACAUUCAUUUUCCGCACAUGAAAGAGUAUUCUGCAGAACUUGCUGCAUAUAUUAUUGAUCAUCAUGACAGUGACGGGGUUAAAGCUGAUAUAUCACGUGCUGCUGCUCAAUACCUUGUUGAACAUAACAUUGGAAAACCUGAGGAAGAGAUACAUGAGGGUAUAAAAGUGAUAAUGGUGGAUCUGCCCUCACCAACCAGUAACAUGUCCUUUAAGAAAUAUGCUAGGCUAAACAAGUUGAUAAGGCCUUUUAAACUUCCGAAGAAGUUUCGUCGACUUUUUUCACUUAGAUGGAAAGGAAGAUUGUACUUGAUGACAUAUGCUGGAAGAAGAGCUGCUCGUGGGCUAAUGAACUGCAUCAUUAAGAAGCACAAGGAAAAACUUUGUUGGAGAGGUGAAUGGAAAUUGUCUGACAUGCGCAUCGAAGAUGGAUUGUUUGUUAUUGACACAGAAGCAUUGUAUGUUGCGGAUGUCGAGGGUAUGGCUUGGGAUUAUAAGAAGUACAUUGAGCUUCUGAAUCCUUUCUAUGUCAUAGUUGAACAAUCCUCCUCCUCUGGGUCAAAGAAAAAACAAUCCUCUUCCUCUGGGUCAAAGAAAAAACAAUCCUCCUCCUCCUCGUCAAAAGAAAAACAAUCCUCCAAUAGUCCACCAUAUUGGGAAAUUCUUCAAACUGACACCAUGGCGAUGCCAGAUCCGUUCAAGGACCCAAAGGCAUUUGACAGAUUUCAGAAGUACAUGUCUGCACACUUUGCAUUCAUGCCACCAGUUAGUAUAUUUCAGUUUCUUUGUCUGCUAUUUAGCAUUUGUGAUGGACUGCGGCCAAACAACGAUCAACAAUAUGGACCGUUGAACGUUAAGCCGAAGGGUGUUGAAAAUUGGACACCCAAGGCUAUAGGAGUAUUUCUGUUUAAUGACGUCUUCUUCUAUUCGAAGAAUGGUGUCAUUGUCAAUGCGUAUAGUAAUACGUACUGGUAUAUGCUAAAGUUUGUUAGACAUUUCUCUUCACAUAUUCUAAGUCUGACAAAGAACACUGAAGGCCAAGACGUCCAAGAUAUGAUCUUAAUACAUUUAAUGCUAGCCUGUCGUCUUGAUCGUAAUUUGGCAUCACUAAUUCGACACAUUGUUAAUCAAACAAACAUGGAUGGACUAUUUUUACGUGCAUGGCAAGCGCUCUUAGCUUCAGAUGAUAAAAUCGAGGAGGAUUUCUUAGAAGAUCAAGUAUCUGAAUCUGAGGAUGAAGAAAGUGACACUGAUGUUGAAGAGACAAGGGAUGAAAUCGAGGAUGAAGAUAUUGCAGAUCUUGAACCGUUCAAAUCUGAGGAUGAAGAGUGACAAGGAAUGCUAUACUGGGAAGAGACAGAAGGCUUGAAACCAUCUCGAGAUGCAUGCUCUGCAGGCAACACUUCAGCUCUGCGGGCAAGGGCUGUGGAAAUUCACCACGAUUUGUAGAUGCAUGCCCUGCUGAACCUUGUUUUUGUUCAGCUUGAUGAUCAUGCUUAUGGAUAAGACCGAACUAGCCCAUGUAGCUAUGCAUGAGUUCAUCCCUCUGUUUUCUCCUAGGGCGUUAGAUAGAAGCAGCAUUUGAGGGUUUUCUAUGGGAGUCGGCUGUUUUUUUUUGUUAGUCUUGGGCGAAUUUGUUUGCCCCCUCUUCUCUAGGUUCUCCGGUGGCCGCACAAGCACAAGAGUGCUCCUGUAAGCAACUACUUUUACCGAGAGCCCCGACUCAUGGAUCUACCAUACCACAUCAGAUGCCCGUACAGCAGGAGCGGGAUGGGCGUUGUACAUCCUUAGGAUGUGGACUGCGGAGCACGUCCGUGGCACACGAAUGAAGUGGGUCGUGUGGCCCUUAUAACAAAAGAACUUGGAGCACUGCUUGCUAAUAGUAGAUGUUUGGAAGUCAGUUUUUUUUAGAAAUGUUCUGCUGUAAUUCAUUCUUCAAGUGCCUCUAUCUAGUAUUAAACCGUAAGUGGUGGUA